CUUGGUCUACAUUCAUUGCUGCCUUUAGCCUUUGUACUUUGUUCUCCAGUCACGCACGUCAUAUGACAUUUUUGCGCCCAAAACAACAAAAGCAAGUUACAUUGAAAUGCACCGUAAUCUAUGAGUUCUUAGUUUUUUUUAUAAAAUACUGUGAAUAAAAUCUCUCGUAAGCUACUAUCCUCAGUUUUCUUAGGAGCAUUUCAAAUUCUAGAUAGCCUGCUUGCCGGCUCUCCGGGCUUAUUCGGGAAUGUUUUGUUUUCGAAUAUUGGGAGUUCUGUGGCGUGUGCGGAGGCCGGUGUGCGCUGGGGCGAGAGUGCGAAUUUCUUCGCGAUCCAAGGAAUUCCCAGUUAUUCGAAAAAAAACCCUCAGAAUGAGCCCGAAUGAGAGCCGGUUAGCAGGCUGUAUAUCGUCCAAAAAUCAUCUCACAUGCUGUAACGAUGUUCUUUGUAAUUAAAAAAAACUUGUCCUUGUGAGGAAGAGUAAAAAAAAACGCAACCCUCCUUUACCCCUCUGAGUUCAAGGGUUAUGACUUUGAUUUCCCCGGGUACCCUGUGUACAACCCUCUAGGCCUGGGAAUAAGCCACGCAUCCAUUUUCACGGAGCACCGCUGGCCAAUCUUAGUGCAACGUGGCGAAAUUCAUUUCAAAAUCAGCGAUGUCCAUGAGUUAUCGCCAACAAAAUUAGUAAAUUAUACCGAAGAUUGGCGCAGGUUUGGCCCAGGAGUAACAUUGAUCUCCGCUGCAAAGAUGGAUUCAGAUGGCAUAGGGCCAGCUCAGCCCAACAUAAUCAGCAGAUUUUUCACUGCAAUUUCACAGAGAUAUCAAAAGUUUCUUGAUGACACCACGCCCCAUUUAGUACCAAGGUGGAUUGUUACACUGGUUUUUGCCAUUGCUUAUGCAGUUAGAGUGUUUUUAUUACAGGGCUGGUAUAUCAUAACAUAUGCCCUGGGAAUAUACAUAUUAAAUUUGUUCAUUGCAUUCCUUUCUCCACGUAUUGACCCAGCAAUGGAGGAUUUGGAUGACGAUGAUGCAUCUCCUGGUCUCCCAACAAAGGCAGAUGAGGAAUUUAGACCAUUCAUACGUAGACUGCCUGAGUUCAAAUUCUGGUAUGGAGUGACAAGAGGAAUUGUUAUUGCAAUGACAUGUACAUUCUUUGAGUUCUUCAACAUUCCAGUCUUCUGGCCAAUACUUGUUAUGUAUUUCAUCAUUCUCUUUGUCCUCACAAUGAAAAGACAAAUCAAGCAUAUGAUCAAAUACAGAUAUAUACCCUUGACGUUUGGCAAGAAGCGAUACAAGGGCAAGGACGAUGCAGAUGCGGGCAGUCCCGUGCUAGAUCAGUCGUCUCAGUGAUUGGGACAAAUGGUGAUGGUAAACAAACAGUAUCUAACUUUGAGGGUUAUUUAUUUUUACAAAUAUUAUUGCAUCAUUUAGUUUCUUCCUUAUAAAUUUAAACCGUCAAAACUGUCAAAUCAAUGUAAAUAUUGUGUGCAAUUUUCCAAGGCGUUUGAUCAAAUCUUUGUGGGGGGUGCCCUAAAAUGGCACACGAUUCGGGAUUUAAUAAUAAAAAAAUAGAACAGAU